AGUCUCCUACCAACACUGCAUCCACACACCCCCAACCUCUGCCCCUUCCAUAUUAUCUUAUCUGGGGUGGAGCCAUUUCAGAGCUCUCUCUCCAGCUCCCUUCUGCAGCAGUCAGUGCAGACAGCGACCAGACUCAAGGACCCCGGACAGACUGAUGAGCCACGGCUGCUUGGCCCCAUGGAGCUCCCGGAGACCAUCUUUGUGCUCUCUGCACUGUUGCUGUCAUCAGUGGAUGCCCAGGAAGUGAGUGAGAGGACGCUGCAGCCCUGGCUGGUGGGUCUCACAGCUGUUGUGGUCUUCCUCUUCAUCGUCUUCGUCCUCAUGCUGGCCAAUCGGUUUUGGUGUUCCAAGGAGAGAAGCCAUGAUGAAGAGGAGGAGUUUGAAAAGGACCAAGCAGAACCGAACCCCCAUGAAAACAUUCAAAUGAGGGGACCAUCCAAAUCACCAAAGAAGAAAAGAGGCCACACCAAUGAAGCCUUGGAACCAGAUGAAAAUGCCAGUGCCAACACAGAUGUUAAUAAAUAUACUUUCUUGUGAGGGAGGCCCUCCUACCAUGGGACCCUUGGGGUGGAUGCCCUGAUUUCUUCAUGCUUGUCUCCCAAACUCCACCUCCAGCCUCUGGGCCCAAGGAAUGAUUCAGACUGUAAUAAAAGAAUCCUGUUAACCCAGGCCCUAUUCCGUCUCUUCUCCCUCAGUGGGAAACAUGGCAGAACCAGGCUAUGAUUCCACCUCCUCCCUUUCCUCCCCUCCCCCCUGCAGAUUAGUUUAAAAAUAAAGGAUUAUUUAUAGAAAA